AUGGAAAUUGAUGGAAUGCAAAUACUUUAUGGAUUUGGACCUAAAUAUAAUGGACUUAAUAGAUGGUUUGAUUCAACUAUUCAAUUAAUUGUGUCUAAAAAUGGAUAUUGUGGAACUUGUAUAGAACAUUCUAUUGCUGAAGGAAUUGUGCAUAUUAAAAUGACUGAAGAAGCUAUGAGAUAUGCCAAUAAUAAUUUUGAUUUAUUAAAUAAAAAACAAAAAGAACAAAAAUGUGAAAAUAAUUUAACAAUAAUUGAGCCAAAACCUUUAAGUUGGGUAGUCAGUGAAAAGGCUAAUUUACUACUUGGAGAACAAAUUGUUGAAUUUGAACAAUUAACUAAUAAUCUUCAAUUAAAUUUAUUACAAUUCAAUGAAUUUGGGAAGGAUUCAAUAAAAGGUUGGGGUGUUAGUCCAGAUGGUUUUAUGCAAUUAUGUAUGCAAUUAGCACAUUUUAGAUUACAUGGUUAUUUAGUAAAUAGCUAUGAAUCUGCUACAAUGAGAAGAUUUAGGUUUGGAAGAGUAGAUAAUAUACGUGCAGCAACACCUGAAGCUUUAAAUUGGGUAAAAUCGAUGAAUAAUCCAAAUGAAGAAAAAAAAAGAAAAAGAAUUUUACUUAAAAUGGCUUUUGAUAAACAAUCUUUAAUUACUAAAGAGAAUUUAAUUGGCAAUGGAAUUGAUAAUCAUUUGUGUGCAUUAGAAGUUUUAAGUCGGGAAGAAUCUGGUUUAGAAAAUUUGCCAGAAAUAUUUCGGGAUGAAAUGUGGAAGGAAAUGAUGCGUUUUCCUUUAUCUACUAGCCAAGUCAGUACUUCUACAGAAUUUAUUAAUUGUUAUCUUUAUUAUGGCCCUGUAGUUGAUGAUGGAUAUGGAUGUGCUUAUAAUAUACAGCCAAAUUCUUUAAUGUACAUAAAUUAUUUAAAUUUAGAAUUCAUUAUAAGAUAG